AUGGCUGAGAGUCACCUGGAAGAAGGUUGGAACCUGCUGUUCUCAGAAAGUGUGGACCCUGGACCAGACUUGAGUACCUGUGGCUUGGACAGCUCCUGCUCACCCUUCCUCCAGGUGACUUCAGCCAUAAAGACGCUUGUUUUCCUCUCUUCCCUUGUCCUGCUGGCCUACCUGGCCCAGGCUGAUUCUCUCCCUGAAGGAACUGAGGAGACCAAAGAUGAGGAUCAGCCAAGGGUAGAGGACCAGGAUGUGUCCAUCUCCUUUGGAGGCCCAGAAGGCUCUGUGCUUCAAGAAGCAGCCUCAAGGAAGCUCUUGACAUGCUACUGUCGAAGGCGAUCCUGCAAAAUACUAGAACGCAUCAGUGGAAUCUGCACCAGGGGUAGGAAAACCUACGUGUUCUGCUGCCGCUGA